AUGACGCUUAACUAAUGAAAACCAAUUGAUGUAAUUGUGCCUCAAUUUAAACAGUAAGUAAAAUGGGAGGCCUAAGCGAUGAAGAAUUUCAACAUGGCCAUGGUGUUUUGUCCACUGAUGCUCCUUACCAGCUUUCUUAUGAUCAAGAGUUCGAUGACGACGGCAAGCCUAAACGAACCGGGACCAUGUGGACCGCAAGUGCACAUAUUAUAACAGCAGUGAUAGGUUCUGGGGUACUAUCACUAGCAUGGGCCACGGCUCAGCUGGGAUGGCUAGGAGGAGUCACAACUCUUUUAAUUUUUUCAGGAAUUAUGCUUUACACUUCAAACUUACUUGCUGAUUGUUACAGAUCUCCUGAUCCCAUCACUGGAAAGAGAAAUUAUUCCUACAUGGAUGUAGUCCAAGCUAAUUUAGGUAGAUUAAGUUGCAUUACUUGUGGGGUAAUUCAGUACGCCAACCUAAGUGGUUUUGUAGUUGGCUACACAAUUACUGCACCCAUAAGCAUGGUGGCCAUCCAUAAAUCAAAUUGCUUCCACCAGAAAGGGCAUAGCUUAGCUUGCAAGUUUGACACAUACCCUUAUAUAAUAGGUUAUGGAAUAUGUGAGAUCUUUUUGUCCCAAAUACCCAAAUUCCAUCAGCUAACUUGCUUGUCUACUAUAGCUGCAAUUAUGUCUUUUGCAUAUGCCUCAAUUGGAAUAGGACUUGCAAUUGCAAGAAUUGUCUCAGGGAACGGAGGCAGGACAACUUUAACAGGAGUAGAAAUAGGCAUAGGUGUAACGACUGCGCAAAAAACGUGGAAGAUGCUUACAGCACUUGGAGAUAUUGCAUUUGCUUAUGGUUUCACUCAAGUUCUUGUUGACAUUCAGGACACACUAAAGUCGUCACCAUCGGAAAAUAAGGUGAUGAAGAAAGCCAACGCGAUAUCUAUGUUAACAACCACUGUAUUUUACAUGUUGUGUGGUUGCGUAGGCUACGCUGCAUUUGGGAAUGAUGCACCAGGCAAUAUGUUGACCGGAUUCGGGUUCUAUGAACCUUUUUGGUUGAUAGACUUGGCCAACAUCUUCAUUAUCAUUCACUUGGUGGGUGCAUAUCAGGUACUUGCGCAACCAAUAUUCAAGAAAAUUGAAUCAUUGGCUAUAGAGAGAUGGCCUAACUCAAGUUUUGUGAAAGCAGAGUACCCCAUAAGGAUAGGUAGCAAAACUGUGUUGUGUCUCAACUCAUUGAGACUAGUUGGAAGAACUACAUUUGUGAUGAUAAUAACCUUAAUUGCCAUGGCAAUGCCCUUCUUCAAUGACAUUAUUGCAUUGUUAGGAGCCCUCGGGUUUUGGCCGUUAUCAGUAUAUUUCCCGAUACAGAUGCACAUCAACCAACACAAGAUCAAACGACGGUCAUUCAAGUGGUUUAUGCUUCAACUACUAAAUUUGUCUUGUUUGCUUGUUUCGUUGGCGGCUGCUGUUGCUGCCGUUCAAGGCAUUAGUGAAGCUCUUAGAACAUCGAAGUUGUUCCAGUUCAAAGUAUAGUGAAAAUCGACGUUUUCUUAUUGAUGAUUAACGCAAUGCAAAUGUUUUGUAUGGUUCGGUUACAAGAGUUUGACGUGUG